GCGCGGCCCCGGAUGGAGCAGCGGGGGGAGGCGGCUCCAGCUGCCGCUCCAGCCCUAGCGCCCGCCGCCAUUUAGACAUCCCGCCGCGGCGGCCAGCGCCGGGACAGGGUGCGCGGGAGGGGUCAGGUUCCCGCGACCACCGCCGCCAUCCUCAUCAUCGCCAUGAGCCGCCUGUCGCAGCUGCUGCUGCUCGCCCUGCUCGUCUUCCCCGCCGCGCUGCUGCUCGGGGGCGCCCGCGGCGGCCCAGGUUUAUUAGUUGCAGCUCAAGAUGCUACAGAAGAUGAGGAAGCUGUGGAAGAUACUAUAGUUGAAGAUGAGGAUGAUGAAGCUGAAGUUGAAGAAGAUGAGCCAACAGACUUGACAGAAGAAAAAGAGGAAGAAGACUUGUCAGGAGAACCUAAAGCCUCACCUAGUGCUGAUACAACCAUCUUAUUUGUGAAAGGUGAAGACUUUCCAGCGAACAACAUCGUAAAAUUUCUGGUGGGCUUCACCAAUAAGGGUACAGAGGAUUUCAUUGUUGAGUCUCUCGAUGCUUCUUUCCGGUACCCUCAAGACUACCAGUUUUACAUCCAGAACUUCACAGCUCUCUCUCUGAACACAGUAGUUCCACCACAGAGACAAGCCACGUUUGAGUACUCCUUCAUCCCUGCUGAGCCUAUGGGUGGUCGUCCUUUCGGUCUGGUUAUCAAUCUCAACUACAGAGAUGCAAGUGGCAACAAUUUUCAAGAUGCUGUCUUCAAUCAAACUGUUACAAUUAUUGAAAAAGAAGAUGGGCUGGAUGGAGAAACGAUCUUCAUGUACAUGUUUCUUGCUGGACUUGGUCUGCUGGUCAUUGUUGGCCUACAUCAGUUACUAGAGUCUAGGAAGAGGAAAAGACCGGUACAGAAAGUAGAGAUGGGAACAUCAAAUCAGAACGAUGUUGAUAUGAGCUGGAUUCCCCAAGAAACUUUAAAUCAAAUAAAUAAAGCUUCACCGAGGAGGUUGCCCUACAAGAGGGCACAGAAGAGACCAGUGGGCUCUGAUGAGUAAUGUUAACUAGUGCAACAGUUGAACCUUUACUAAUUCUGCCUGUUUGGUUUUUUGGAUUGGAGUAGUGCAGAGAACCCAUACCACCAUAAGGAAAAUACUGCUAAACAUUUGGACUGAACAGAUUAACUGAAUGGUGUUAAUAUUACUGAAAAUGCACUUCUCUUUUAAUUUGUUUUUUUUUUCUUUAAUUGUUGGGGGUUGGGGUGGUAGCCAUUAAGAUUUGUGCCUGCGUGUGUAAAGCGGUUGGUCUUAACAGAAACGUGUUACCUGAAAUGUGCCUUUAGAGUUCUUUGUAAUGCUGACUUGUCAUCUGUACAUUGUCAUUGAAGGAUUUCUCUCCUCUCCCUAAUCUGAAUGUCUGGUGACUUUAAUCUGUCUUGAUUGUAUCAUAUCUGUAUCAGAACCUGAAUGCAAUUGUUCUUAUUCAGUCAGUAACAUUACUCUUUACAAGGUGCGCACACUGAAGUUUGAGUGUGUGGUCCUGUCUCAGUGGCCAGGCACUGAUCAUCUCAACUUCUGCAUAGAUUUCAUUCUAAAGGCACAAUUUGGUAUAGCUGCUUGUAGUGGUAGAUAUUUUGCUGCUGUUUUGAUCUGGGCAUGCAGUGACCUAAAAAUCUGAACUUAGCUGCAUAGAUGUUAGGAAGACUCUUGCACAGCAGCAGAACUUGUGAAGCAUGGAAUUUGUGUGCUGAAUUGGUAUUACUACAUAAAUUUCUUUUUUAUACCCAAUUUGUUAAAUGGUUAGUUAUUGAAUCGUGCCAGCAUCUUAGGUAUUCAGAUUAUAGUGGUAGUUUACUGCAAUGUUUACUCAAGAAACUUUUAAAUAAGCCAGAAAAACUUUUUGGUUCUCUCUCCUAAGAAGUAGAAUUUCAUAUAUAUCAAAACGCCAAUUUAUUUUUUUUAAAGCUUAACAAGGAUUUGCUGUACACACUUGAAACUGAAUUUGAAAAACAGUUGGAUUCAAAUAAUUCUUUUUAUUGGCAAACUAUUUAAUUCACUGUUUACAGUUUUUAAAUCUGAGACAUCUUUACACUGGUCAGUACAUUGGUCUGAGUUUUUUUUUCACUUAGUCUUUCUUAACUAGUAAUACAGAUGUAUAUUCAUCACUUGCUGCAUGUUGGUUCAGUAGUAAAGCAGAAAAGCUGUGUGCAAAAUCAAAGCAAGA